AGAAAGGGUUGAGAAGUGAAAGUGUUGGAUCAUCUUCUUCCCAUGUUUGUGUGAUUGAAACAAGAGAAAAAGAUGUUGCGGAGUUUAGACACCACUCACCUCACUCACCUCACCCUCAGAACUACCUUACUCCUUCGUUCAUUCCUCUCGUCUCCUUCUUCUUUUUCUUCUCAUUCCUCUCCCGCUUUCAAAACAAUCACUACUCUCUCACAAUCAAAAUCUUACUCUUUUCCUUCACUUUCUUCAACAAAACAACAUGCAUCUUCCUUCACCCUGCCUCUUUUUCGCUCAUCCGUUAUACGCUGCGUUUCUUCAUUUCCUACACUUCACUUGAACGAUGCCGUUUCUUGCUCCGAACUUGAUGCUCAUGCUCAUGCUCAUGCUGAUUCUACUCAUGAUGGAACCUUCGAUCAGGAUACCAAAGCUGCCAUUCCUGUUAGAGCUUUCUUCUUCUCUACCAGUGUUGAUUUAAAAACCUUGGUGGAGCAGAACAAACCAAACUUUGUCACACCAUCAUCACGAAUGACCAAUUAUGUAGUUCUCAAGUUUGGCAAUCUUGGCGAUUCCAAGGGUCCUGGUUCUUCUUUCUUGAAUGGAACAAAUGGCUGUUACAUGGUAGUUUUUCAGUAUGGCUCCAUUGUAUUGUUUAAUGUCUGCGAACACGAGGUUGAUGGCUAUUUGAAAAUUGUUAGGAAACAUGCAUCUGGUUUGCUUCCUGAAAUGAGAAAGGAUGAGUAUGAAGUUAGAGAAAAAUCAGCUUUAAGCACAUGGAUGCUAGGAGGACUAGAUUACAUAAUGUUACAAUACUUGGACGUUGAUGGAAUUCGAACUAUUGGCAGUGUACUAGGUCAAAGUAUUGCUCUUGAUUACUAUGGCCGGCAGGUUGACGGAAUGGUUGCAGAAUUUACAGACAUAAAUCGUGAGAUGGAAGCGACUGGAAAGUUCAAGAUGCAAAGGAAAAAACUUUUCCAGUUGGUUGGCAAGGCAAAUUCAAAUCUUGCUGAUGUGAUUCUAAAGCUUGGACUAUUUGAGAGAUCAGACAUCGCAUGGAAAGAUGCCAAAUACGGUCAGAUAUGGGAGUAUCUCCGGGAUGAAUUUGAGUUAACUCAGAGAUUUGCAAGUCUUGAUUUCAAGUUGAAAUUUGUGGAGCACAAUAUCCGAUUUCUACAAGAAAUUCUUCAAAACAGGAAAUCCGAUUUCCUAGAGUGGCUCAUUAUUGCAUUGAUUGGUGCUGAAAUUCUGCUGUCUCUAUAUGACAUUGUUCAACGGUCUGCAAUGAGUCUUUAGCAGCAAUUGGUGCGAAAAAGUAAAGCCCACAUGUCAAAGAACAAAUCAGGAGAGGAUAAGAGAUAUCAAUGAACAACCAUAACAAAACAUGAAUCAAGUGAUCAAACGGUUUUAUUUAUAUUGAUGCAGCUUUGGUGCACAAAAUUUCAUAUUUAUUUUCUCUUUCCGGUGGCAUGUACGACCAGCUUGGUGUUGUAGCCUAACAGAACUUUGUGCUACUCAUCAAGAUGUUGCCAAUGCAUUCAAAUAUCUCUUGUAAAUAGCAAUUUGAAACCAUUUGAACUCGGUUCUUUACUAGUUAGUUUGUAUAACUUACUAUAUAUGCAGUAUAAAACUAUACUGACAUGUUUUUUUGAAUAAAAAAUCAUCUGCCUAUUCAUUCUAUUGCAUCAA